CCCACUCAAAACCCUUGAACUCUCCACGCGUAAAGACAGGGCAGGGCUGUCGUCUCCAAAAGCUUUUGCUUGCUUGAUGGGCAUUCCCGUAACGCGCCGUAGCCCUGCUUUUUUUUAUAUCUUUCUACCUAUCAUUGCCUUUCUAUAUGCUUUGUUGUCAUUAAUGCCAUCCACCUGCUGUCAAUUGGAUCCAAUACUUUUGAGGCACUUUGCUAGCGGACGGCCCCUCUAACCACAUUCUCUUAUGGUAUCAGGGAUACUAUUACAAGGCAAUGCCACACGCCAGAUCGAUGAGAGCUGGAGCCCGUUCGAUCACGCCCCUCCAAAGCCGCUACCUGUUUCGUUCACGCUGGCUUGGCUUGUUAGUCAACGAUAGUGUGGAUAUCAUCCAUAUCCAUAGCUAGGUAGGUAGGAUAGCCAGCCAGAUAUUGAUUGAUACAUCACGGUACACGCCCCCGCCAUGGGUAAACACACCACCAACUCAUCCUCGGCCUCCAUCUCCUCCAGCAAACGAAGCCUAAGCCGCCAAUCUUCAGCGUCUUCGUCCCUGGCAGAGAGGGUUGGAGACAGGGUUGCUGGUGAUUCCCCUCCACUCCGCCAGGACGUCGCCCUUCAGCCCCUAACAUCCACAUCCACGUCCGCAUCCUCAUCCUCUGCCAGGUCCACCGUGACUGUCUCACCCUCACACCCAGUCCAAGCCAAGGGUCAUGUCUUGCCGUAUCAGGCUCCGGCCUCUCAUAUACCUCCUCCAUCAUUAAGUACCGCUGCUACCCCAGCUGCAUUUGCACUUGCAUUUGCAUCUACACCUGCAUCUGCAUCUACUUCUAUUCACGCUUCGGCUCCAACCUCAGCUGCUGUUCCACCGGUUCUCGUUGGUGGUCAAGAUGCGGCGCAGCCUCUUCAUAUCGAUUCCGACGAUAGUCUAGAUGCCAUUCCUCAACCCAUAGACGACACUAUAGAUAUGGCUUCCAAGAAGACGCCCUUCUUGCGCCCCGCCGCCGCUCGCUCCGAUGCUGCUCCCUACGGUUCGGUCUCACUAACACCCAGUCGCAAUAAUUCACCCGCUGGUAGUGAUCGCUGGGAUCCCGAUUCCCACCAGCUUCGUCACGUUCCGGAUACAAUGCGCAGCGAGACCUCGCACCGCUCCGUCCUUGGCAAGAAAUCAUCCUCGAGGUUAUCCGAAGAGAUCGAUGGCGCCGUCCUAGUCUCGGGCCUCGAAGGCCGCCUGGGCAUUACCGAACCUACACAUACUGGUGUUCUCGAGGGUAGCAUGAAGGACGACUUGUCUGAAGAUGGCGCACUGUUGGAUGACGCUUCUUCGGCAGCAUCGGAUUCUGUCCAUCAAGAAAACUCGCCUCACGAGGCUGUUCGUGCCUCUGUUCCGCCUACAGACAAUACCACCCUCUCCAUAAAUACGCCACGCAUGUGGUGUCUCUCUGUCAUUUUCGCUAUUCUAGGCUCUUCGACCAAUCUGUUCUUCUCCUUAAGAUACCCCAGUGUUGCCAUUACUCCAGUUAUUGCCUUAUUGCUUGUCCAUCCUCUUGGACAUUUGUGGGAUUUUGUGCUGAAGCGUCCUUAUGACCCCGAGGAGGAGUUUAUCGAUGGUGUACGGACGACUUCCGUCAGUGACGAUUCGCAUGGGCCGCAUAAGAUCAAGAGACGCACGCGUUGGAGGAGAUGGUUAGCGCAAGGUCGUUGGAACGAAAAAGAGCAUACUUGCGUCUAUGUCAGUAGCAAUGUUGCAUUUGGCUUCGCCUUUGCCACAGAUGUCAUUGUUGAGCAGACUCAGUUCUACAAUCAGGAAGCUCCUAUCGUGUACCAGCUUCUUCUCACCAUAUCCACCCAGAUUCUCGGUUAUGGCUUCGCAGGCAUAACACGCCGCUUCCUUGUUCGACCCAGUGGAAUGAUCUGGCCCGGGACUCUCAUGUCGGCAGCUAUGUUCUCGACGCUUCACAAACAGGAGAACAAACCUGCCGGAGGCUGGACCAUUAGCAGGUGGAAAUUCUUCUACAUCGUCUGGACCAUAUCCUUCCUCUUCUAUUUCCUCCCAGGACUACUUAUGCCGGCACUCAGCUAUUUCAACGUCAUUACCUGGUUUGCGCCCAAAAAUGUAGUUAUCGCAAACCUGUUCGGCGUCUCCUCCGGCCUUGGGCUCUUUCCCCUGACCUUUGACUGGGCGCAAGUGACCUACGUUGGCUCACCGCUACUUGUUCCGUUCUGGGCUGCUAUGAAUGUUAUCGGGGGUUUAGCUGUGGUAAUGUGGAUUAUCGCACCUGUUCUCUACUACACCAACGUUCUCUUCUCAUCGUACAUGCCGAUUCUUUCGGCUGCUGUUUUCGACAACACGGGCAAGGUCUACGAUGUCAGCAAGAUUCUCACGCCUGAUUUCCUCUUUGACCGAGAGGCCUACCAGAGCUACAGUAGAGUGUUCUUGCCAAUCACAUACGUGUUGAGCUAUGGUGUUCAAUUCGCUGGUCUGGCUGCUCUUCUGACGCAUACUGCCUGUUGGCACGGUCAGGAUAUAUGGAGGUCUUGGAAACGAGCACUUGAGGAAGCUCGCGAGGAUGGGCAGCCAAAGUAUGAACAGGUUGCGGAUUCUCCUGGGCCUUUACCACGACAAUCGCUCGACGAGGACCAUAGGCGCAUGUCAACAUCCACUUCUCAUGUAGAUGGAAUUAUUAGCCGCGAAGAUAUUCACAGCAAACUCAUGAAGAGAUACAAGGAUGCCCCUCUGAGUUGGUAUCUUAUCACGUUUCUCUCCAUGACUGCUAUUGGCAUCUUUGUUGUUGAAUACUAUCCCGUCCAUUUGCCCUGGUACGGCCUCCUUCUCGCGCUUGGCAUUGGAGCACUGUUUUUCAUCCCCAAUGGCAUCAUCAUGGCCGUCACAAACCAACACAGCAGCAUCUAUCUCAUCUGUCAACUCAUCUGCGGUGUUGUGUUCCCAGGUCGCCCCAUCGCAAACAUGGUUUUCGUUACAUACGGCUACAUCUCAUCAGCGCAAGGUAUCAAAUUCGCUUCCGACCUUAAACUCGGCCACUACAUGAAGAUUCCUCCUCGCAUCCUCUUUCUUGUUCAGAUCGUCGCGACACUUGUCUCGUCGCUGACUCAGAUUGGUGUGCUCAACUGGAUGUUCGCAAACAUCAAAGGCAUUUGCACUUCAGAGGCUCUCAAUGGAUUCACCUGCCCCAUUGCAAGAGUGCACUUCAACGGCUCCAUUCUGUGGGGUGUCGUUGGACCUAACGAAUUUUUCGGUCCGAAGGCCAUAUAUCGUUCCCUGGUCUGGUUCUUCCCCCUUGGCGCUCUCCUCCCCAUUCCCCUGUGGCUUUACUGUCGACAUAACCGCUCCAGUAUUCUCCGCAAGGUCAACCUCCCUGUUAUCUUUGGCGCUAUGUCCUGGAUACCUCCUGCAACAGGCCUCAACUUCUCCGUCUGGGUACUCGUAUGCUACGUCUUCAACUAUCUUAUCAAGAACCGCCACAAUGCCUGGUGGAGCAAGUACACCAUGACCUUGAGCGCCGCCCUCGAUUCUGGGCUUGCCUUUGGUAUAGUAGUUGUCUUUUUCGGCUUCAUCUACCCUGGGCUUGCAAAGAACCUCAAGUGGUGGGGCACUGAAGUGUACAAGCAGGGUUGUGACUGGCAAGCAUGCUCAUAUAAUACCCUCCCAGAAGGUGAACGCUUCGGGCCCAAAGCAUGGUAGGAAGUCGACGACGUUGGAAAAGGGUUUUUUUCUUCUUCGAAAAACACUGCAUAUAGAUUCUUAUCCUCACCAUGAGGGCCAUAAUGAUAGACAGCAUGGACAGAUACGGUUGGCAUUAUUACAAAGGCAUGGGUUAUUUACAUUGAUUCAGAGGGUAUCAGCUUUGACAGUAUAGGCAGUUUUGGCUCAGCGUCAAUUGACAUGGCACGUUGCUUUUGAACCAAGAUAGAACUCGGGACUUGGUUUUUCCGUCUAUCAUAAUGCCUAUUCCUACCCGCUUCUUUACUGCGCUUACGGCAGAUUAUCAUAGAAUACAGUGUAAUUAAAUCUGACGUUUGUAACUUGCCUGGUUUUACAAACCAGAACCAUGCUCAUAAUAAGUUCAAACCGUCUAUUUCUCAGCUUCCCAAUCAGGGUUCUGUAAGUUUGAGUCAGCACGCGAGGAUAGUUUGUUAAACAUUGUGCGACUUACCUUCCGCAAAAUUACUAAGCCUUCUAGAGUGCUGUUGAGGCUGAUGUACUCCUCAUCUUCCAGCU